UAUAAAUCAAAGGAUACUUAAUUAGUUUGAUCAAUUUCUUGGAUAUCGAAAAAUGUUGUCGUCGUCGUCGUCGAUGAUAAUCCGAACUUUGAUCGUAUUGGCAUUGGCAAUGACGUUUGCCGGGCAGUGCCGUGGCGACGCUAGAGAUCUUCAAGUCGGGUUCUACAAAAAUAAGUGCCUAUUGGCCGACGUGGAAGCCAUCGUCGGAAAUGUCGUCGCAGAUUGGAAAAAGAACAAUGAUUCCGCCAUUGCAGCUGCCCUUCUGAGGAUGCAGUUCCACGACUGCUUUGUCGACGGAUGCGACGCAUCGAUUUUGUUGGAUGGGGAAAACAGCGAGAAAAAGGCCGGGCCUAAUUUGAGUGUUAGGGGUUAUGAACUUAUCGACGCCGCAAAAGCCAAGGUCGAGGAAAUCUGCCCCGGCGUGGUGUCUUGUGCCGAUAUCAUUGUUAUGGCAACAAGAGAUGCCGUUGCUUUGAGUGGAGGAGAAAAAUAUAGUGUGCAAACGGGAAGGAGGGACGGGACAACCUCCCUUGCUAAGAAUGUGAAUCUUCCGGGUCCUACAAUAUCGGUUUCAGAUUGCCUCAAGCUCUUUAGUAAAAAUAAAAUCGAUGCAACCACCGCGAUUUAUCUCCUUGGUGGUCAUACAGUCGGAAUUGCUCAUUGCUCGUUCUUCAUGGAUCGUCUCUACAACUUCUCAAGCACGGGUAAGCCCGAUCCAAACAUGGACCCUAUCCUUCUUACACAACUUAGGGCAAGAUGUCCGCAAAAGGCUACUUUUGACAACACCGCAAACCUCGAUCAAGACAGUACAAGCUUCAAUACAGUUGACGAGUCUUAUUACAAUCAAAUAGUCGCAAAGAGGGGAGUUCUUCCUAUCGAUCAAAAUUUGGCGCUCGACCCGCUAUCAAAGUCAACCGUGGAAACCAUUGCAAGUAGCUCCGACUUUGGCAAAAAGUUCGGGGAGGCCAUGGUCAAGUUGGGCGCUGUCGGAGUUCUUACCGGCAAGGAAGGGCAGAUCCGGAGGCGAUGCCGAAGUGUCAAUUUAUUGCCAUUCUAGGUGAAGAUCAUUACAUUGAUCAAACAAAUGUUGUUUUGUGUUUCUUUGAUAUAAUUCUUUUGAUUUAUAUACAUUAAUUUUGUGAUUCUUUCAUAUGUAUGCUCAAUGAUGUUUGAAUGUUUUGGUUCAAUUUGUGUUGAGAAGUAGUACAAAUUUUGAUGAACAGUUGCGAAAGA